AGACAAGUCUACAUAGUCCCUGUGGCUCCCCAUGUUGAUGGAGCUGAAAGAGUGUUAGGUAGGGGAGCUCUACUGCCUGGCUCUCAAUUCAUGUGCAGCCUUAGGCAGGGUAGUCGAGAAAUGCCAUAGGGCUCUUAUCUGAGACGUGUGGCUAAUUUUGCUCUCACAGGAUGCCUAUAGUCUGACUGCAGAGGGCAAGGCUCCCAGUCCCAGGAGAUGGAUUCCCUGACAUGAGGGUGCCUGGCAUUUCUAGUCCUAGCCCCAGAAUGACUUGGCAGGAGAGGCGAACUCCGGGGAAGUCCCUUAGUCUCCCCUUUCUGAGAAACCUAGGAUCUGUCAUCAAUCUCAUUUCCUUGUGGUCGAAUUUGUAUGGGUUGGCUCAAGACUUAUUUCUCAGGGAGCCCAGAUGGGUCAUACCUGUGCUAUUUCUGUGAUUUCUUAUGCCCCACCCAGGAAGCUGGUGCCUCCCUCUCUGCUCAGAUAAAUAACCCAGGCUCCGUUAGAGCCUGCCACUGCCCUUGGAAGCUGCUGGAGCCACGAUUCCGUCCCCUGGACUGUAGAUAAAGGCCCUUUUUUGCCAGGUGCUGAGACAACUGCGCUAUGAGAGGCACUCCAGGACACUGUAACGAUGGAGGGGAGGUCACUCGACAAACAGUAAUCCAACCUAAGACUGGAGCUGUUAAUGAUUUAAAUCAGCAAGUUUGGACCCUUCAGGGUCAGACCCUCGUAUCAGUUCCAAGGAGUAGCAGUGUGACUCCAGUCAUUGUUGCUGCUGUCACAUGCAAGUAUCCAGAGGCUCUUGAGCAAGGCAAAGGGGAUCCCAUUUAUUUGGGAAUCUGGAAUCCAGAAAUGUGUCUAUAUUGUGAGAAGGUUGGAGGACAGCCCACAUUGCAGCUAAAAGAGCAGAAGAUCAUGGAUCUGUACGACCAACCUGAGCCCAUGAAACAGUUCCUUUUCUAUCGUCUCAAGACUGGUAGGACCUCCACCCUUGAGUCUGUGGCCUUCCCGGGCUGGUUCAUUGCCUCCUCCAACAAAGACCAUCCCAUUUUCCUGACUUCAGAACUUGGGAAGUCACACAACACUGCCUUUGAAUUAGAUAUAAAGGACUGAACUUAGCCUAGAGGUGGCAGGUUUGUCUCUGUUUUAAAGUUUCUGGUUCCCAAUGUGUUUUUGUCUACAUUUUGUUAGUGUAGUGUACAUUUUUACGCUGGUGCUAAGAUGAGAGCAAGGCUGUUGUUAUCUCAUUUUAUAAUGAAGAAGAAGCAAUUACUUCAUAGCAACUUCAAAGAACAGGAUGUGGGCUCAGAAGUGGGAGAGCUGGGUGGUAUAAGGCUCUUCUCUCAAGCUGAUGCUGUGUAGCUCACAGGGCAUCUGCAUUAGUGACUUCAAGACUCAAAAGACCAAACCACUGGGCUUUCUCCUGGGGGUGAGUAUGAAGAUGCUUCAGAGCUCAUGUGUCUUACUCAUGAUAGCAUGACUAGCAUGGAGCUGAUCUCUGUUUCUGUUUUGCUUUAUUUCUUUUUGGGAUAGAUCAUCCGUAGUCUUUAUAUGUUGCCAGUAUACCUCAUUGUGCAUAAUAGAACCUUCUCAGCAGUAAGACCUUGUAAAUAAAAAGAAUUCUUGUGUUAAGCUCUUGUCCUAAUUGUAAUGUGUGAUCUUAAAGUUAAAAAAACUUUGUAUAUUUAUGUAAUAAUAAAGCUAAAACUGAUAUAAA